AUGUACACACAAUACUACACCUGGUCACCGACUUUUUCCGCCACCGCACAGUCCCCCCAGUCAGAGUCUAGCUCAUCCAGCGUCCAAGAAGAUCUCUUGUACCGGGAGAUGGAAGCCUACGUCGACUACGAUUACGGUUCGAAUCGCAACAGCACAGACACGAGCUCUAACACGCCAGGUACACCCGGUUCACUGACUCAUCCAAAGAGAGCUGAUCCUGAAGCAGAAUUUCAAGCCGCGUUGUCAAGUACCGGCGAAUCUGUCUCAUCGUCCAGUUGGAACAAACAUCACACUUCAAUGUUCUCCAUCUCUGAGAACCUCGCCCCAAUUUCCCUUGUACCCAUUGCAUCUAUCCCCACCUUCUGUCGUACUCCUGCUAGUGUUCCCAUAUCUCUACCUUCGCACAAAUCAGGUGGUUCCAGUGUACAGAAACGGAAAACGUUGCGAGGCGCUCAAAGGUCGACGCGGACGACCACCCGAAAGAGGACCAACACUCGUGCACGUAAAGUGCCACAGCGGAAACGACAUGCCACUGGCGUGUUAUCUCCUGAAGAGGUGGCAUCACUCCCAUCCAAAGAGUACACAGAGAGUGUUGUACAACGUAUUCUCGGAGUACCGCCCAAUGUCAAUCUCGAGGGUGCAUGGCCCAAAGACUCGGAGCCCUGGGGCCGGUACACAAGAAUACAAGCUCUAAUUCUGGCUGUAUGCUGCUCUCCAAAUCAUCGAGCAUCCCUUGAAGAUAUUGAAACGUAUCUGAUGGACAAGUACCCGAAACUCGCAGAUACACCGUACGGUAAAAAAUGGCGGGGGACAUUUCGUGGCUAUCUCUCUCAUCGGCCGGAGUUCAGACGGGUGCGGCGCUCAAAAGCGCACGGUGACUAUUGGACUAUAGAUGUCACCAAACUCUCGCUCCGACGGUAA